CAGGGAGGGCAAGGGACACAGGAUGAACACAGGAAUAGACUCUACGGAGACACUGCUUCCUGCACCAUGUCGGGGGUGGCUGGGUCUCUGCUGCUUAACCAGCCAACCAGGGCUGAAUACUCUACCUGGCCUCUGGAGCCCAUGGUCUAGGCCAGGCCUGCCAUAGAUGGAAGGGCCAGAAUAGCCCCUGUGUCCUCUGCAGGGACAGAAGAGAAGGAAGGACUUCCUUGAGCUCAGGUGGGAAUAUGAGAGGUAAGCACAAAGCAGGCAUGUAAAGUGCUUGGGGAUACAAAGGACCAGAUGCCUCACAGGGCUGACCAGGCUUGCAGAGGUCUGUGCAUUCUCAGGCCCAGAGACAGUGACGCCAGGACCCUGAGAGAGCAUGGGGAGGGAGAGGGGGGCCUGGGAAGGGGCCAGUGAGAUCCAGUUUCCAGAAGGAGGGGUGGGUGCUGCCAACUGCCCCCCUUUCCUGCCUUGUCCCUCUCCUCCACUAUAAACACUCAGCUAGUGGCUAAGCAAGUAGCAUACUAGGGGAUUUCCAGAAUGUGUCACUUCCAAGGUCAGGCCUACUACAAAGGCCACAGGGGCAGGUCCCUGGGCAGGCAGACUGACCCAUGGGAAUCCAGACGGCGGGAAGGGAAGCCCUCCUUGCGGUAAACUGUGCUAGCAGCUGGGGUAUGUCAGGGGAGAUGGAAGAUACAGUAAGGGGCCAGGGAAGAAUCACAUACACACAGUCAAAGACACAUGGACACAGACAUCCCACCACACAGGUACAUACAGAAAAAGACACAAGUCAACCGUGCCACUCAGAAACUAGUUCAGAGUAAGGACAAACACGUCAAGGAAGACAAACUCACAUGGACCCAUGAACACCCUGCAUCAGACAUGCCCGAGCAGACACGGGCACAAACACACAUGCAGACACAAAGACAGGUUUGCACACAGAACCCAUCUCACAGACCCACAGACACAAAUGCAGUCCAAAUCCAUCCUGCAAAGCCCCUCUCCUCCAUAAAUCCUCUAGGCCACCUCAGACCAGGCUCAUCUCUCCUUUAAAUUCUGGUGUGUCAUUUCUGUCCUAUUGCUUGUCCUUUAAUAGGAUAGCUUUGGAUUCACGUGCAUACCCCUGGUCUCAACAAUGUGGCUGUGUGCUCUUAAAGAAUAUCAGGGUCAGGAAGAGAGUCCACUGCCCUCUUCAGCAGCCUCAUCCUUCACCUACACACCCAUCUCCCCAAGGGCCCCCAAUUUACUGCGGGCUCCAUCCUUGAAGGGUCCUGACUCUCGGACUCUUUGACAUAGCAGACACAAGGGAAGAAUAAACCAUGUAGACACACUUAGUCCACGUUAUCCUCAGGAAACCAUGAAGAACCAGGUCCUGGUUCCCCAGUUAGAAAACCCUUACACAAGACAUGAUCUCAUAUGUAGCUCUAGCCUAAAUUUCAUGUUAACCACAAUCCCAACCUUACUGACCAUACCUCUAAACCCAACUCCAACCCCAUUCGCAAAGAAAACUCUAAACCAUAGUUUUUCAAAUAAGACUCUGGGAACAACUGUACCCAGACAGAUAAUGCUGGUGGAUGUGAUCCAAAAAUGUUUACAUGGCCAAAUAAGUUUGAGAUAGAAAACUGAUCUGCCCUCUCCCCAGGAGCUGAAUGCCUCCCUCCCCUAGUUGGAUCAUAGCUGCAGGGGCCACUCUGUACCCCUCAACUGUGGAGGUCCUGGAAAACAGCCAACAACUUGUCAUCUAUAUCAGAUCAAUACCACACGUUAUGCAAAAGCGUACCAGUGAAGCACUCCUCUGCACCUAGGCCAUCCCAGAGGUUGUCACAAAGUAGCCAGCUCUGCAUCCAGCCUGGUCUGAGGACUGAGAGGAGCUUGGGUCAAAGCUGCAGGCUCCAAAUCCCCAAACCCAGCUUAGAGUUCAAGUGGGGCAGUGGAGUACAAUGAGCCCAGGCCAGCAGCUGAGGGCAGAGGAAUGGCUCAGAAGACUUGGGGUCCCAGAAAAGGCUCCAGGACCAAGCAGACAGACCUCAAUAUCUCCAGGAUGGAACAUCUCCCUGAGACUGCUCUACCACUGCAGGCUCAAGUUCACAGGCAGUGAUGGAGGAGCUCAGGACUGUUGCCUCAAGUACAGCCAAAGGAAGAUUCCCGCCAAGGUUGUCCGCAGCUACCGGAAGCAGGAACCAAGCUUAGGCUGCUCCAUCCCAGCUAUCCUGUUCUUGCCCCGCAAGCGCUCUCAGGCAGAGCUAUGUGCAGACCCAAAGGAGCUCUGGGUGCAGCAGCUGAUGCAGCAUCUAGACAAGACACCAUCCCCACAGAAACCAGCCCAGGGCUGCAGGAAGGACAGGGGGCCCUCCAAGACUGGCAAGAAGGGAAAGGGCUCCAAAGGCUGCAAGAGGACUGAGCGGUCACAGACCCCUAAAGGGCCAUAGCCCAGUGAGCAGCCUGGAGCCCUGGAGACCCCACCAGCCUCACCAGGGCUUGAAGCCUGAACCCAAGAUGCAAGAAGGAGGCUAUGCUCAGGGGCCCUGGAGCAGCCACCCCAUGCUGGCCUUGCCACACUCUUUCUCCUGCUUUAACCACCCCAUCUGCAUUCCCAGCUCUACCCUGCAUGGCUGAGCUGCCCACAGCAGGCCAGGCCCAGAGAGACCGAGGAGGGAGAGUCUCCCAGGGAGCAUGAGAGGAGGCAGCAGGACUGUCCCCUCGAAGGAGAAUCAUCAGGACCCUGGACCUGAUACAGCUCCCCAGUGCACCCCACCUCUUCCUUGUAAAUAUGAUUUAUAUCUAACUGAAUAAAAAGCUAUUCUGUCUUCCCACCC